GAUUUGAAAUCGCUAUAUCUCUGAAAUUGGGUCCAUAUUUUUAAAACACCCUGUAUAUUGUACUAUUGCAUUCACAUUUGAACUUUUGUGAUCUUAAGUCGGUUUAAGUGAGGACAGAGAUGGCAAAUUGAAGGUGCUAAGAGACGAUGCUAGAUGGUUCCAAAACAUUGGAGCAGCUACAUUAAAUGCUUUCGAUUUAUCUUCCCUCCCUCACUUCCCUGAAAUGGUUCAGUUGCGUUGCGAUUGUUUUCUGCCAACGAUGUCACCUGCUUGAGUAAGCGAUGCAACGUUGCCGUAUUGGGCUCGCAUUUAGUUACCAAAAAAAGCAAUUGCUUUUCGAUUGAUCAAACACGAAGGCGCGCCACUGCGUAGGUCUCCGUCGCUGUGCUCGUAUAGCUCUCAGGUUGUGUCGCCGAUUGUUUUGCUUGGCAAGGCAUUUGACGUUUAGCUCCCAUGAAGCUCGGGGAGCACGGGGACGAGAAACGAAACGUUCAGACGGCAUCCAAGGAGCUACGCCGAUCGCGCGUAAUAAAUACAUUCGAGGUGUAAUAGGAGGUAUUGGUUUCGUGUCGUGUCUUGUGUAAAGGAAUAUUUAGACACGGUCAAACAAGAGAGAGCUUCAUUCCAAGAAACCAUCUGUCGAAUGGAACAACAGAUAGCCGCCAUGGAAACACUGAUAAACGAAAGCAAGAAAAUGCAACCUUGACAUCAGCAACAAGGUUGGGAAGAUUCUUUUGGAAAACGAGGAACUAUUUUCUCGCGUGACGAGUCAAAAAAACGAACUUAACAACAUCGUCGAGGCAACAAAGCACAACGAAGAUACAUUACAGUUUAACGUUCAAAAGAUGGAAUCGAAUAUCACACACCUAGAGUUCACAAGUUGGACGAGGCACACUGUGAGAAGGACAGCUAUGAAAACAAGAUCAAGGAUUUAGUGUGUGAAAUGGACUCACUAAAGCAACAGCACGAACAAGCGCGCAACAAAGCAAUGGCAGAGUUAGCGGACUGCAUGGCGCAGAUAAAACACUUGGAAGAGAUGAAAACACAGAGGAUUUCAUCUGAGAUUGAGAAAGUGAAAAUCAAUGCAGAAAAAAUUGCACAGUUCAAAAUUACAGAAAUGACUGCAAUGGUGGAGGAGUACAAGCGCCAGUGUGACAAGAAGCUGGAAGAUAAAGAAAAAGAUUUCUAUUCUCUCGACCAAAGAUAUAAGGAAGCACUUGAUAAUGUGUGUACGUUGAACACGGCCAAUGCUGAUGAAAUGAGAGCAGAAAUAGCAAAGUUAAAGGAAGAAUUGAAGCAGAAGGAGACCAACAUUGACGUGUCACACCAGCCUGAAAUCGCGCCUCAGUUGGCGGUUACGCCCAGGACUUUCACAGUGACGCCAGCGAAAAGCAACAGCAACACACUCACUCCUGGUUCAGCGGAGAAAACGGCGCUGCGUAAAUCCUCUCGGAGUUCUGUGGGCAUCUCCAUAAGAGUAAUACAGGCUUCCCCUUUGCCCGCACCAGUAACAGUGACCAAGUCGGCUUCCAAGGGCUUUCUGAACCCCCUUGACAUGGGGGAGAUCGUGAAUAAAAAACGAAAGGUACUCUAUCAGUCGGAUUCCGAGAGCUCUGAAGGCAUGGAUUUUAUGGUCGAUGAUCAACUGUUGCAAAGUGUCACUGGUGUGAUGUCAUCCAAGCGACCUGAAAAGGCCAGCGCAGCAAGCAAGAUAUCCAAACAAUCAGAGAGGGACAUGUCAAGACAUGUGUACAGAAUCAACCAAAAGCCCUCUAUAUUCUACACAAAACAAAACAAGGUGAUUGGGAUCUCAAGAAAAUCCACGUCGACAGAAAAGAUCAAACAAGGGAAGAUGUUUUCUGCAUUGCCUCCCAUCACGCUUCCUGCAAAACAGCUGGACACGCCCUUCGACUGUUCUGAGAGUCAAGAUGUCUACACUUUUGGACCCGAGGAUUAAAAAAAAUAAUUGGAGGUUUUUUUGAGCGACGUUGUUUUGCGCUCUGUGUUCUUGGUGAAGACUUUUAGCCACCGCAGUUAAAAUGUUUUGGGUGUUCAGUUUUUAAGGCAGUGUUUUUCACCAAUUUUCAGAGGGGAGGGGGGGACACUUUCGCCAAUAAGUGUGAGUAGGGCCACCACACAUUUGAAACCACAGUUGGGUUUGAC